AGCUGAAAUGGUCAUGGUCUUCGGGAGACCGCAGCGUACAUGCGUACAUACCCUCGGGCUUGGGGAAAUAACGAUUGCAUCUAAGACUUGUGUCGCCAUCCGUGACACCAGGUCCAGAAUUUGAGAACAUGGCGUCCCCUAUACUACCAAACACUUCCAACUUCUUGGGCGUGGCCUUAGUUGUCAACCGCUUACGCGAUGGGCCGUUGUUUGUCUUCCACUAUCCACCUCAAAUCCAGGCGCCGUGUGCUUCGCCCUCUAGCGAUAGUGCCCCCAGGGACGAGUUGGACGACGACGAUGACCUGUUAAAUCAGAUGUCUCAUCCCCCCUUUGAGGCGCCUUCUGGCUCGCUGCCCAAGUCGUUCGAUUUACAGAACUGGAACCAUGACGACCAUCUAGAGACCGAUAGUGGUUCCCAGAUAGUGCCUUGGGAGCACGUAGCUGGUUAUCCUACUAGGGAUCUCGAGAGUCUCCUCACCCCUAACCGGGCUUUUCACAAGAAACUCUUUCAUGUUUCCUUGGAGCAGCUUUGCUUCGCAUCGUAUCCUAUAUACGUCCCGGAAAAUGGGAUAUGGCGAAAGAAGAAGAAGCAGCAGCCAAAGUAUCAGCCACCCAAGUCUCCCGAGAAUACAGAGGCGACAAGUAAAUAUAAUGGCGAGUCAUCUACUACCUUUGCGAGUGACGUGCCACAAAUAGAAACCAGGGACAUGGCUGAUGAAGCCACUACUGGUAACCCACCGGAUGAGGCUGACGAAAAAAAGAGCGGCAUGACUAUGUUUAAUCUCGUCUUUAUUUUGAACCCUAAAAAGCACGAGGCCAAGGAGUUGGCAGAGAACCUCUAUCUUCACAUCAUCAAGAAGGUUAACAAGGCCUACAAGUACAGCCAGCAGAAGAGUGAUUUUGUCUGGAAAGAAUCGAAGCGGAUCCUAGCUUUAAAGGAUAAGGGGCGAGAAUCAAGGACUAGGAUGAGCACAUUAUGGAGAGAAAUCCUAGAGGUAUCCUCUCUAGCAGCAUCUAUGCAGGACGUAUAUGAAGCCGUCUCCCACAACAGGAUCGCUGCCUUACAGCUAGAUACAGCUGAAGGUGCUGUAACGCAUUCGGUUCAGAUCCCCGUGCCCUUCUACCUCCCUGAUCUUCCACCCGACGACGAGGCCGGCUCUAAAGGCUUGUGGAUCACUACCGCAAACACCUUCGUCGAGGAAGAUAGUCUUAACGAUCCCGCCUUCCUCGACAAGAACUUCGCGUUGCUUCUCAUGAGCGAUGAGAAAAAAAUCAUUGCGGAGCUCCAGGCCGACCCGGAUGAGACGACAGCGGCGAUGAUCGAGUUCGUCCGGCUCUCAAAGCCGACAAUGUCAUUCUACCAGAUCGGUCAAGGCACGGCACUCUCUCCAGCUCAAGUGCGCAAAUACGCACAACACUUCAUAUUCUGGCGACGGGCCAUCGCAAUCCCACCCCUACACGCGCGGGACAUUUAUAUCCUAUCCCCAAACAGCGACAUGAGCCGGCUACCAAGAGCCAGUCAGACGUGGGCGCGUGUAUUCCCCCUCGCACCCCCUCUCCCCGAGUUCCUCGCAGCUCUGUCAGCAGCGCCGCGCUCCUACAAGUUGUUCGCGCCUAGCAAGAACCAUCGCCCAACCUACCUAUCCAUGCUGGCCUGGCUCAUGCGCGGCGGUUGGGUUACCCAGCUGUGCACCUUUGCGUACGUCGUCGUCUGGCCCGAGAUCCUAUACGAAGUCGACUACGAGAUCGAGGCCGAGGAACUUCUCCAAGAAGCCCGCGCCUCCAUCGCAGCCGACACUUCCGCCGAGUCCUCCUCCCACGCAUCUUCUUCGCCUCCCAACUCCUUAUCCGACGACGCACACUCCCCUUCCCCCCCUCUCUCAACAUCCACCGACGACCACGCCGGCAACAUCAGCCCGACGGCGGUAUCAUCGCCACCGCCAGGCACUAUUUCUAUUUCAAUGACAUCCUCCACCGCAACAAUAAAAUCUCCAAUGACGACUACGGCCGGCGAACAAGCCGCCGAGCAAGCCCGUCUCGACCGCCUAGCCACCCGCGCACACCUCGCCGCCGCCGAAAAAGCCGCCGCCCACGCCCGCCGUCCCCCGCCCCGACAGACGGACCACCCAUCUACUAACGACGCCCCGUACCUCGCACAUCUAACCCCAUAUAUCAUCGCCGACGCCGGCCGUGUCGGCGACCGGGAUUCCCGGUACUUACUUGCCAUUGCCCGGAGAUUGCCGGAGAGGACCACACAUUCUACCACCACCAGCAGCGGUCACAAAGGCAAAGAAGGGGUAGGGGCGGGCUCGUCCAAUCUAAACCCUCGCGCCAAGUGGCCCGAUUUCUGGAAAUAUUUCAACGGCCGCUACGCCCUGGAGCGCGUCGCCCUGCACGAAGACUUGAAGCGCCGCGACGCGUGGAACUUGCUUAAUUCUAUGAGCGAGUACCUGUUGUGCGUGAGACAUUGGUAGUUUUACUGUAUACCUAGGUACCUAACUAUCUAAAUCUCUACCCUUUGUACCU